CAGUUAGUUGAUUGCCGUUCACGCUAAACCGGCAUCGAACCCAUCUUUCCCGGCCGUUCACGCCACCGCUUGUUUCCGCGCAGCAAUGUCGAGGUACCGAACGAAUCCGGCGGUCCACGUAGAACCGGAUGAAGCCGAAGAUCUCCGGUGUGACGACGAAGAAACCGCGGCGGAGAACAACGAAGAGGAGGGAGGAAGCCGAGGCGUUGAUUGCCCCGGCGAUCAUGUCGGCGUGCCUUCUCGUCAUUACCUCAAGAAAAUUCUCGAAAAACAAGGAGACACGAACCUUGUCUUUGCCGAUAAGGUUUUGAAGUUCACGGGUUCAGGGAAGAUGAAACGACGCAUCCUUCUUAUCACUGAUUUUGCAAUUUAUAUUGUGGACCCAGAAACUGACGUUCUUAAGAGGCGGAUUGCCCUGGCAGCUGUUGAAAAGCUUUGCUUGAGCAAACUAAGUGAUAACUUCUUUGCAAUUAUUAUCCCAACCGAGUAUGAUAUACUCAUGGCAAGCACUAGGAAAACUGAAAUUGUAAUGUCCAUAGUGGACACUACCAGGACUGUAUCUAACUAUGAACUUGAUGUCUUUCACUCAAAUAGGUUUGAGUAUAAUGCGACUGCCGAGUUAGUGAAACAAGUUAAAUUUGAGGAAGUUGAAGGUGGUGUUAAAACAAGAAUUGUGCAGAACACUCGGCGUAAAGAAUGAUUUUUUUUCUUUUUAAAUUACAAAUGGCUAAUUUUGGUUGCAUACCUGUGUACUCCAUAUAAAUAGAUAGUAAAAGAUGUGGAGGAGAUUGAAUAUAUUCUUUCAUGGAACAUGUACUCUAGGGCUUAUAACCUCUCUGUAACAUUUCUGAAGUUUUCUGGAUAAUAUGAACAAAAUUUUACUA